AUGUACCCUCUGACUCCGGUGCUAGAGAGCAGCGAGAGCGGUUCGCGUACAGAGUCUGCCUCACAGGGGCGGGAGGCCUCACCGUCGACUGAGGGCGACCUGCUCCCCGCCUGGGACGAAGGAGAGGAUCGCAAGGCUGACUACUCUGAAAGCUUCGACACGCAGCCGCUGCCUUCAACGAUACAAGAGACGUCUCCUGGGACAAUGGGGCCUCAGACGCGGCCUCGUACUGCUCGCAGCGCUGGCCUGAACCCGAGCGGGCCGCUGAACCUCUGGGAUCGCGUUCGCCACAAGUCAGCGAGGCCAGCAACCGGUGUAACCUGCCCGCUAGGGAGCGAGUAUUCACCGCUCACGUGGGAUCAAUUUUUCGAUGAGAAACGUUUCGUUGGGCCGGGUUUUUGUGUCUACAUCAGCGGGUCUACGGUUGAUCCUUCGAUUCCAACACUGUUGCUGCUUCACGGCGGUGGGCAUAGUGCACUCGCAUGGGCCGCUUUUGUUCAUUUUCUACGAAAGCAAAUUCCCGCCACCGAGCUAUGCGUCAUUGCAUACGAUGCCCGUGGACAUGGAGAAACCUUCAAUGUACAGCCUGAGUCGGACCUGUCGACAGCUACCCAGGUCCAAGAUGCCAUGGACGUCCUGGAGGCUUUGUUCGGAAGCCGCGAGCGGAUCCCGGCGCUCGCGCUCGUCGGACAUUCGAUGGGUGGUGCCAUUGCCGUCCAGCUAGCCGCCAGCGGGAGAAUUCCCCAGCUCAGCGGCCUCAUUGUAAUUGACGUCGUCGAGGGUAGCGCCCUCCAGGCUUUGCCCUACAUGAAAAGCUUCCUGGCAUCGAGGCGCAAAGAAUUCACUUCACUGGAGGAUGCCAUUUCGUAUAUCUUUUGCGGGGGCCACGUGCGAAAUCUCAUGUCUGCGCGGUGUUCGGUGCCGGCUCAGCUUGUACCGGUAGAGGCUGGAGACGGGCCAACGCCGACGAGCACAUCAACACCAAAUAAGCAUUAUCGAUGGCGUACGCAGCUGGAAUGUACGGAAAUCCACUGGCGUGACUGGUUUACCGGCAUGUCGAAGCGCUUUGUCAGCGUUGCCGCCCCCAAAGUUCUUGUGCUUGCCGGCCACGAUCACCUGGAUCGAGAGCUUAUGAUCGCUCAGAUGCAGGGGCGAUUUCAAGUCGUCAUCUUGCCGCAAGCUGGACAUAGCGUUCACGAGGAUCUACCAGAACAGGUCGCGGAAACCGUGGCGGAGUUCCUGCGCAGAUACCGGCUAGUGCAAAGCGCGAGCGAUCAUGCCCUAGGGCACAUGAAAAUUGGACCUAUCACGCAGGAAAAGCUCCGGUACAGCUCGUGA